UUAUAAAAUGCCCCUGUUAAAUUUUAUCUACAGGCAAGUAGUACUAGUAGUUCAAUCGGCUAACAUAACCUAAGUUUUUAAACCGAAAAAUGUAAACAAAACACUAGAAAAUGCAUUUAGACUGUUUAAAUACGAUAGACUGCAACCAAGGAGCAGUCCGAGCUGUCCGAUUUAACGUGGACGGUUCCUACUGUUUAACUUGUGGCUCAGACAGAAAACUGAAACUGUGGAAUCCCUUCAAAAGCCUCUUGUUGAAGACGUAUGGCGGUCACGGAAAUGAAGUACUGGAUGCCGCUGGCUCUUGCGACAGUAGCCAGAUUGCCUCCUGCUCAUCAGAUAAAUCUGUAAUUAUCUGGGAUGUACCAACUGGGCAACCACUGAGGAGGUUUCGUAAGCACGCUUCCACGGUUACGUGUGUUAAAUACAACGAGGAGUCAACCAUGGCAAUAUCGGGCAGUUUGGACAACACUGUGAUGUGUUGGGAUGCCAGGUCGAGAAGUGAGAACCCCAUUCAAACCUUGAAUGACGCCAAAGAUUGUAUUAAUUCAAUACAAGUGACUGACCAUGAAAUUUUAACUGGGUCAGUUGAUUGCUCUGUCAGGAGGUAUGAUAUGAGGAAUGCUUCUUGUCAUGCUGAUUUUGUUGGAGCAGCCAUCACAUCUGUCAGUUUUACCCAUGAUGGACAAUGUACUUUGGUCAGUUCUUCAGAUAACACUGUUAGGCUUUUGGAUAAAAACACUGGGGAGAUGUUGGGAGAGUAUUUGGGACAUAAAACUAAUGAAAUGCAAAUAGAAAGUGGUGUUAUUGCAAACGAUAAUUUUAUAUUUUCCGGGUCUGCCACUGGAGAUCUUUGGUGUUGGGAUUUGAUAAGUGCUAAAGUGGUCAAUAAGUUCGUCCACAAUCCUGGAAAAGUUCUAAAUUCCUUGAGUAUACAUCCAAAGAAAGACAUUUUAUUGACUUCAUCUGUACAGACUGUUAAAGUGUGGGGACACCAAGAAGAUUUGGCUUCAACUACAGAAUAAUUAUUUUAUUUGUUAUACUGUCAGUAUCAAUUGUAAAAUUUUAUAGUUUUAUAUGUAAUAAAUUAUGAAAAAUAUAACUAACAAAAUCGAA